AUGGCCACCACAGUAGCAGCAUGUAUCGACCUCGGAAAUAGUCCUCAAACACCCAAAUCCAAAAGGACUUUCACUUUCCAUACUCCAACUACCAGAUCUCCUAAUACAAAAGAAAAUGCGAUAUCCCCAAGACGAACAAAGCUCUUUAACACAUUAAAGUCAUUAUCAGGCCGACGAAGUGUUCGAGGCGAAUCCGAGACAAAUAGUCCAAAGUCCAUCAGCAAACGGAAGUCGGCAUGGGACUUGUUCGGUCGACUGUCACAAAAAGGGUCAAGUAGCGAUGACCAGUCGGUAUCUACCGACACAACAAAGGAGCGAAGCGUGUCUCCCUUCAAAAAACCCUUAAUGGAAGUGGUUUUGCCAAGCACCAAUAGGCCAACUGUAAUGAAGAGACGAAAAAGUCUAGGGGACGUCAUUGGCACAAUCAAGAAGAAAGCUGUUACAAGAUACAAUACCAUAUCUUAUCAGGGAGGACGUCACCCCGAAUCGAUGACAGUGUGGGACGAGACAUUGUCACCUCCAUGUAGGUUCCCUGCUAAAACAGACGACCAUUGUGAGCUAUUGAGCGCCCAACCUCUCUAUCACACAUUACGAAACAGUACACCUGCGCUUUCCUUACAUCUUCCAGGUGCAACAUUCGAAGAUAUGGACCCUGCAGCUGUAGUAGCUCGGAUGGUAGAUGACUUCAAGACGGAGCAAACACGACAGCUAGUUUCUACCUCCACAGAUUCUGAGUCUGCGCAAACCGCAUGGACUGGUAGCGACACGGUGACUUUGACGGAGGCUUGUGAAGUAAUAUCCAAGGAUACGCUUACUCAAGAGCAACGGGGCAAUCCUCAGACACCGGAGAGUUAUUUGUGCGCUCUGAUUGACUCGUAUCGUGGCCAGUCCGAAGCUGGUCUCUCGGAUCAGCAAGAUCUCUCACCAUGCCCGUCUCCUGAGAAAUAUCAGGCUGUUCAGGGAAUAGACUUUCUUGAAGAUGAUUGUUCGGUACACAAAACAUCUGCUGAGAACCGACCAGCCACAGAAUGUGUUCCAUAUUAUCCACUGGAUAUAGGCCUAACCUUGUCAUUUGAACCCUCAGAUAACUCUUUGCAUCGAGAUCAAAGACUGGUGGUCUCAGUUCGAGAGGUCUAUUCCGACUCAGAAUACUCGGAAGACUUUGAUCCAAAUUUUUGCGAAGGCACAGCGGAGAGGAAUGAUAGAGACGAGAAGCCGAUCUCAACUACAAAGACUGCGAACAACCACCUAACCGAAAGAAUAAGGAUGACUCUCGGGAAAAUGACGAAAAACUAUCAUGCAUAUGGGAGCGAUGCCUCUGGGUUUGACCAAAAUGAUAGAGAAGCGUGGAGUGCAAUUGUCCUUGGAGACCAGAUCUUAAACAAUGGAACACCGCCGAAAAAGACAAGAAGGAUCUCUUCAGUCGAAGAUGGAUUUGAAAGACACCCGUCCACGAAUAGGAUUCUGGAAGAGUCUGUCAAGCUUCGAUCGCCAUCUGAACGGUUCGAGUUCAUUCGUUCAUCUCUGCGGUCCACCUCACCCCAUGAAACUCAUUGUAAGCCUGUCGUGCCCCUUCCGAGCACGAGAUCCAGGAAGAGCGAGUCAUCGCUUGAAGACGAAAUCCAGUUCAUGAAGCUCGGUAGCCUAAAGCGACUAGGAAUGAAGGCUCGAGUGCCACUCAAACCGGAUCAGUAUACCAUAGGUCCAUACCACCUCGAUUUUCCGCAAGUAGGAAGUUUUCCAGCCGAGAGGUAUACUUUUGAGUAUAAAUCUGAAGUAAUUUCAAAGUGGUAUGACCAAAGUCUCAGUGGCAGGUAUGCCAGAUUCUGCAUUUAUGACCCAAAAACGAAAACAUACACGGGGCAACCGCGCUGGGCUGCCGCGCCAGAUCUGAGAGAUCUGAGAAGAAGCGGGCAAGAAGCUUUAUGGCUUCCCAAAACCCGCACAGAUAGCGAAGACCGGCAUCAUGCACUGACAAAUAAGAGUUUGUGGGAAGCUAGCGAAGCGGAGGAACUCAUGAGGCUAAGCAUGAUAAUACCUAGAAUGCAGCACAACUUAGAAGGGGCCAUGCCUCUGAAGAAUACCGCUUCCGCACGAAAAUAUUUGGAGGCUUCGCAUGGGUUAAGUCACGUAUACUUUUCAUCCCAGUCAAAUGGAAGCCCCUGGCCCAAUUCAGUUGUCGAAGCUGGCCAGAAUAGCUCUUGCGACAUGGAAACGUCUUUUCUUGCUUCGAACACGACUGGGGCAAUCAUGGAUGCAACCCUCUCAACAGAUACCACCUCAGAACCUGAAGACAUUCUGGCUGAUGGUGAAAUCCUAAGUGACGAUGUUUCGGAUGUAAGUGUUGAUACCAACAGCGAUCUAGCACGCAGCUUCAUUGGAAGCCAGUUUCCCGAGACCCAGAGCCCAGUGGAAAACUCACCCAACAGUCUUCUCCCUCGCCAUAAUCACAUUGAGGUAAGAGAGGAUGAUGAAUUGCUUUUUACGCCAAUAAAGAAUGAGGAACCGGUAGUGGGUAAAACAUGGUUUGAUCUUGCAAGAGAGUAUAAAGCUUCUCAUCUAGAGACCACGAAAGCAACUUCGGACAGCCACGGUCAUGAGGAAAACAGUGGUACCUCGACAGCAAUUUAUGAUGAGGCAGGAAUUACCAGAUUUCAAAAGACCUACGUUUCCAAAACUUGGUUUGAUCUCGCAGAAGAGUGGAAGACUGGACGCUCACAGAUGAAUCUGGGCGAACGUCAGACAUACGGGGACUCGCAAGUAUUUUCUCCAGCAACAAAUUUUGGUGACGAAGGCAUCCAGAUGCGAAAUUUGCCGCCUGUCACAGAGUAUGUCAUCAAAGCCGCACCUCUUAGAGGUUGUGCGUUUCCCGGUUUGCCGGACAAGCCUACUACUGAACAUAUCGAAGACAUUCGUGAUGAGCUAUUUUCGAAGGUGCCUGUCACUGAGCUCAACUCAAACUCAGCACUGACUAAAGCCAUAAGAGAAGCUUGCCAGCAAGAAUCCGAAAAUAACAGUGAUAUCAAAUCAGCUGUUUCAUACACCUCUUACAUCGAAGCUGAAAUGCAGACGAAAAGAUUAUGGCAAACAAUGUAUCCGCAAGCAGACGGUCAUGACCGACAAGAUUUCCCUUCCGAGAAGCUUUCCAUACACUCUAGAAGCCAAGUCGAGAACAGUUCUACAAGUAUGUAUCCGGACGCAUACGGUCGUGGUCGGCAAGGCUUGAUACAUGGUGAUCAACAAUGCGAUGAGGCUAUUCUACGGCCGGCUUCUGUGACAUCUUUUGCUUCCGGGUCCAAAUUUACCGAGUUUGCUGAGCAAUUAAGGGAAGAGAGUAUAAUUGAUACUGUUCCGAAUCGUCAAGAGACCGAGGAGACCCCCCUAUCUUCCAAGAUAAAGGCAGCAGGCCCAACAUACUCAUUGGGUACAGAUACUCCCCUGAAAGAUGUGCCAUCAGCUUCAACUGAAUAUAUACCACCAUUAAAGCUCCAGAAAGCUGAAUACAAAGUCGAAAAGGCCGAAGGAAUCGAAGCUGGACCACCGGAAGGUCUUUCACGACAAACAAAACGAAGCGUUGGUGCUCUCGUUGACAUCUUCCAAGCACAUGGCUUAAUGUCCGGCCUGAAAUCGCCAUUUAUGAGAUCAUCGAGUCCUUCUCGUGGGGCUUGUUCUCCAGCACCAUCGAAUACCGGUAACAGAACUGAAAUCUCGCUUAAAGAAUCUACCCCCUUACCGCCAAGACGAAGACACCGAAAAGGUCGAGUAUUUCAGUUUUCGUCUUCCUCGGGCAACUCCUCCGAUGCGAGCUUGGUACAUCCCUUCGCAGAUGCUCCAAGUACGAGGUGGCCUCUUCGUAGAGUCCAGGAGAUGGGGCGUGCGAAUGACUCAGACUUGAGUGAUGCAGAGACUGAAGUGAGCAACUUUGGAGAAACCCUGGAAAGAUGUAGUGGCGGGACUAGAGAUGGAAGAGGCCGGGAAAGCUCUGAUGAGGAGCGAAAUAACCGUGACAAUGAUCUUUAUGGAUGA